AUGGCUCUGCCCCUGCAGGUUCGCGUCUGGAAGCCGAGUCUGCCGCCACCUAGCACAAGUCUGCCAUUGCCGCCGCCCCAGCUAGUGCGUCGGGUUCGCCCGUGGGGGCCUGGCGGGGACGUGCGUCUUGAUGGCCUGAGGCUUGUGCGCUGGGAGAGGGGACAUUCUGCUGACGGGUUCCACGACCUCAAAUCUCAGAGCAGCCAGCUGUGGACAGACAGAGGCACAGUGCUACCCAGAAGACCCAGCCCCACUGCAGCGCCCCGCUGCCUUGGGCCUGUCCCCUGCUUCCCAAGCCGACGCAGAAGAGACCGCUUUACAGGGCCCGGGCUCCAGCACCAGCACCAAAACCACAAGAAACAGCCAGCCACUGUUCCGGCCCUGCAAGCCCCCACCCCCGGUGCUGUCCCUGCCCUGCCUGGAGAGACCAAGCCACACCAAGCAGCAAGGGGAGGCAGAGCCCCAGAGCCCCGGCUGGAUGGUGACCACGGCACCGGCAGAGAGCACAGGUGCCCACAUCCCUGCCGAGACCCCUCCUGCGGGCCAUUGCUCCUGGGGUGUGAGCCCUGCGGCAUCCACAUGGGAGGCCUGGUUGGCAGCAAGUGAACGGAAAGGCUGGCACUCCUCCUGGAUCCCAGAUGAGGUCCGGAUCCCACCCCUCAAGGUCACCCAGCCAUGGGAGGAGGGGCUGGGACCAGGGCUGGGGCUAGAGGCCACAGUGUAGGGUCCACUGAGACCAGGAGGAAGACAGUGUCCUUCCAUGGGCUGGACCUUGGGAACCCGGCUUAGAGGUCAGGUCUGCGGACAGGAGAUAGGACACAUGUAGACUACUCCCUCGGGCUACCUGCCCUGAAGACACAGAGCCACAGGCAGCAGGAGCUGGCAGGUGGACGUCCAGAUUUCAUGCACAACCCCAGGCGCUCAGGUGUCUGCCGGCUCACGUGCAGCUCGGGCCGCUCCAGGCCGCUGACUCCGGUGAUCCUGCUGCCCAUCGUGAGGGAGCACACAGCAGCCGAAAGCAGCACCAGUCCAUUAGGACACGGCUGAUGGCCCUCCAAGCUACCAGUGUCUGCCCAGCACCUGGCUGACGUCUGCCUGAGACACUGCCUGUCAGGGACAAUACAUGAGUGACGAGCUUGUCCCUGGGCCUUCAUGGGGGGACAUCACAGCUGAAGGGACAGGGUGGAGGUCUCUCCAGGGUAAGAGGGCCAUCAGGGUCUGGGGUGACUUCACAAGCCAGGACGGUCAUGACGAAGGAGCCCAGGUGGCACAGCUCAGGGUGGCCAUAGAUAUUCCCACCCCACACUGUGGCUUUGAGGGCCGACCCAGUGUGGGCACCCACUCGAGCACACUAUCUCCAUGGGAGAGCAGUAGCCUCUCCAUCAUGGCCCCAGGCCGUGGGGGACACAGCCCUCCUGUCACCCAUCCGUCUCUAAGAAGUCACAGCAGAGGCGAGGGGGGCGGUGUUGGCUCCUGGUGUGUGACUUCCUGGCUGCGACCCACUGUCACUCAGGUCCUUGGGGUCGUGUUCUCUGUAAUCCUGGGGAUGGAGCCAUGCCAUGCUCUGCCCUGCCACACUCGGGGACACCCGUAAGCAGCCGAGGCAGAGAAGCCACAGCUCGGAAACAGCAACCACGCCAGCCGGGCCUGCCACUCCAGACCUUGCCAGUGUGGGGACAGAGUGAUGCAGUCACAGGCCAGCCUGGGUAGCACCUGCGUGGCUCUGGGCUCUCACCCGUGACGCAAAGAAGCAAAA